UUAUUUGCAUGGCCCAGUUUCAGUUUUUCAACGGGAACUCAAUCGAUAACAAGUGAAAAAGUUCUUCUCUGAAGGAAUUUUGUAAUCUCCAACAGUUUGGUUCGCAAUGGUAGAAAAAGAGACCCGUUCGAAGCCGAUCGCAAUCAUCCCCAAAAAUGUGUUCGGACUUCGUACUGAUAUACUUGGUAAUGUGCACUUCACCACGAAACAGGAGAUUAUUUAUCCGGUCGCCGGCGUUUUGGCUAUCCAUGAUUACACUACUAACAAGCAAAAGUUUCUACGAUUUCCCGAAAAUUUUCGCCCUGAGAGAAUUGUGAUAAGUCCCGAUCGUAAGUUUAUAGCCGUAGUAGAAAGAAGCUCGGACAAUAAAUCCUCGGUCAACAUUUAUGAAAUCGCUACACUAAAGAAAAGGAAAAGCCUACAACUCCCUCCGGACUGCCCGAACACCCAAAUCGGCAACAUCUGUUUCACGUUCGACUCCCGUGGAAUAGCGGUCUUAUCCGUUGAACCGGAUGCCUUCCUUUCGAUCUUUUCAUUCGACAAAAACGAAUCCUUGAUCAUUGGUCGUGCGUCCAACUCGAGCCAGCAAGGUCAGGCUAACUAUCUUUCAUGCCACCCAAACGACGCUACGAUUGUUGCCGUUGGUGGCUAUUACAUGUUAAAAAUCAUGAACAAAACCGACAAAGGAUUUGGCCAAAUCGGGUCGAUCAAAGGUGACAAUCUGUUGGUGACUUCGAUCGCUUGGUUGACGUCCGAGGCCCUGGCCGCCGGAACGGCUGAAAGUGAGCUGAUUAUCGUCGAAUCUGGCGAUUUAAAAUUGAAGAUGCGGGCCGACGAAGUGGAGAAAAUAGACAUUGCGGCGGAUACGGAUGCAGAGCUGUCUGUCACUCCGGAUAAUGAUGUCGAGUUCAAAAAGGAAAACUACGAAGUGCUCUGUUUGACACAUUUCACGCAGGGUUUCCUAUAUUCCAUGCAUAACUCCGUUCAUGUAUUUGAGAAGUCAUCAAAUUAUUUGUUCACCAAAAAAUCUAUAAUUCGUAUUCCAAUCACGUUGUAUGAGGAGCAGUCAUAUAAAAUUAUCAACGUUGCUGUGAACGUCGAGGAAGAUACCAUCGUGGUUGUCACUAAACACUCCCAGAUAUACAUUGGGAUGCUGUUCGUUCCAGAAACACUGAAAGUCAGUGAACUGGUAUUUCGACAUCUGGGGGAGCCGUUGCACGUGAGUGGAAUUGUCGGAAUGUCUCUGUGCUCAUGGAAGCCUAUAAUCAUGACCUCAUCCAAAGAUCUAACAAUUCGUCUAUGGAAUUAUCAGAGUAUGAAGGUUGAACUAGUCAAACAGUUUCAAAUAGAAAUUGGUGUUAUUGCCUUACACCCAUCAGGGCUUUUUGUCGCUGUGGGUUUUAUCGACUUGUUAAGAUUGAUGCAGGUUCAACUGGAUAACCUUAAAGUGACCAAAGCGUUCAAUUUCCCCAAAUGCACUCAGCUGAAGUUUUCUAAUCAGGGUCAUCUGCUAGCGGCAUCCCAUGGCAAGGUCAUCAGUCUGAUAUGCAUUUUCACCUUCGAGGUUACUCGCACGCUCAAAGGUCACAACGGUGCCAUUCUUAGUUUAUCGUGGUCUACGGAUGAUGCCGUGCUUGCUUCGGGGGGUGACGACGGUGCAAUCUACAAGUGGAGCACUGUCACAGGAGAACGCGUUGAAGAAAUUGUCCAGAAAGGGAUCCAUUAUAGAUCCCUUUCGUUGACUAGUGACUCGCAUUCCGUGUUUGCAAUUACCAACACGGGACUAAUCAGGGAGAUGUGUAAAUCCGACAUUUACCGGGAGUUCAAAAUUCCAGACUGCACCCCAUUGACAGAUAUGGCUCUGUCUCGAUCGGAUUCGAUUAUGUUUGUGGGAACCGAGAAGGGCCAUAUCUACAACGUAGACAGCAGUAACGGAAAUUGCAACAACUUCCGCUUCUUCAAUACCAAAAUAACAAAGAUCUGCAUUUCGUACAACGAUAGUGUUUUGGUAACCGCCGCCGCCGAUGGAACGCUGGUGAUUUGGACAAUUCUGAACAACGAGGGCAAGACGGCUCCGCAUGCUCCCGAGCUGGGUGGCUGCAGUGACAUACUCAUUGCACGACAGGAUCUGGUCGACAAAAACGAAUCCAUCACGACGCUGGAGAUGCGAAUUCAGCAACAGAUCAUGGAAUUCCAGUACAAAAUGAAGCAGGGUGACGUUUUCCAUUCGGAGCAACUGCGCGACGUUCAUCGGGAAUACUGUUCGGCGUUGGAGCAUUUGAAGACUUUAAAUGAAGAAUUGCUCGAAUCGCACAAAGAAGAAAUCAGCCAAAAGAACUCGGAAAUGGAGAAAAAGAAAGAAGAGCACCAGAAAGAGAUGAUGGAUUUCGAGGCACAGUUUCACGAGAAGAUCAUUCUGGAGUACGACAAGUUGAACAACGUAAAACAGCGUAUGGAACAGAUGCGAGAGGAAUACGAAAUCAAACUACGCAGAUCAGCUGGUUGUCUUCAGGAUACAAUAGAAUCACUGGACGCAGAUCACAAGAAACAGUUGGUUGAAAAACAGGAAAUAGUCAAUGGGUUGCUGAGCGAGAUAGAGAGGAGGAAACUUGAAUUUGAUGAGUAUUGCAGACAAGUCGACGUGGACAACGAUCGCCACAAAGUUGAACUGCAGCUGAAGUAUGAGAAGAAGCUACAGGAAGAGGAGGAGAACUGCAUGAAAUGGCGUGGUGAGGCUGGCGUACUAAAGAAAAAGUUUUCCACAUUGAGUCGUGAAGCGGAAAACUACCGUAAAGAUAUUGAAACGCUACAAUAUCAACAAGGAAAGUUCCAACAAGCCAUCAAACAACAUCAGAAGGACAUAGAGGACUUGAAGUGUGAAUUAAGCGAGCGGGAAGCGGUUAUUAAGGAUAAAGAACGAAGACUGCACGAGAUAGGUAAGAGAAACGGAGAAUUGGAGAAGUACAAGCAAGUUCAAAUACACAAGAUAAACGAGCUCAGAAAUCAAAUUGAACCAAAGACGCGAGAAAUUAAGGAGAAAAAAGAAGUCAUCGGAGAGAUGGAGAAGAAAUUGGAGGAAUUUCAACAGAACAACAAACAACUGGCACUUCAAUUGCAGGAACUUAGAGACAAGUAUUACGGAGCGGACCUGGAACUGAGAAAGGAGAGAAAUCGCGUUCGCGGGGUAAGGAAUCAGUACCAGCAGGUGUGCCGAGAAAUAUACAAUGUAUCAGGGCUGAUUCAAAAACCAGACGAUUUGAAAAGAGGCAUUAAAGACCUAUCCCAUCGCUACUCGAUUGACAAAGAGUCAUGUAAGGCAUUCUCAUCCAGUGAUGAGGUACAGAACGAAUUUCUUCGUCAACGGGAGCAUCUAGAAAAGGUAACGAAGAGCGCCAUAAUGAGAAGUACUAACAAGAAAGACACCUCAGAAACAACGAAGCUGAUGAAAGAAAAUAUGGAACUUCUUUCGGAGUUGAAUAAAUUGCGAGAAUUGCUAAACGAAAAACAACAUACUUGUACCAGAAUGGAGGCACUUCUAGGAUUGUCGAGCAAAGCAAUAUCACCGAGAGAGGCUAAAUUGAAACUGGAAAAGGCUGUUGCGAAUAAAGACGAAAUAGAAUCCCGAUACCGCGAACAGACUACAAAACUGCAGGAAGCCAUCAAGUCACUAUCGAAUGAGAAUCAGAAUUUAAGAUUAGAAAUCGUGGCUCUCAAUAAGAGAAAUACUAGCAAGUAAACUAAUGUUGAUGUGCCGUACUUUAUAUUUUAUGGUUUCUUACGCAUUG